ACUAUAGAUGACAGAGUUGAGCGUGAAAUAGUGUGAACGAGUAUGCGCGUGAUUGCGACCGUUAGAAAAUUGCGCCAUUUUUUAGUUAUAACCAAGAUUAUUUUUUAAGUUGUGUAGUAUUAUGAAAAAUAUUCAUGAUAUUCUGAAACCUAAUAUAUGUGCAGUUUAGUGAUAGUGCGAAUUUUCAUUUAUGUGAUUUGAACGAAAUUCUAAUUACAUUUCAUAAAAACGUAGUAAGAGCUUCGUAUUACACGAGGCAACAUUUUUACCGGGUUCUUUUAAGAGCACUUUUUUUUGUAUAAACAAAAUGUCGGUGGAUGCUUUGAGUGAUUCAGAAUUGCGAAGUAAAUUGAUGGAAUAUGGAUAUCCUGUAGGUCCCGUAACACAAACCACUAGAAAAAUUCUUGUAAAAAAAUUAAAAAAUCUUAUUGAAACUCGAGGCGGUACAGGGUCACGACAUUCGUUAGCUGCCAGGUAUAGCAGUGAAGAUACAGAUGAUGACACAAGUUCAACAAUUAAUAAAAAGAAAAAAGCAACAGUAAAUAUUAGAAGACAAACUUUAGCAAAUCCUAUGCCUCCACCAGCAUCAGUUUCAACAUCUUCUGAUAUAAACAUAUCAAAAAGUCCAAUUAAAGAUAAAACAACGCAUUCUGAAUUUAAAGAUCCUAUAGUACCAGAUUAUGAUAGUUCUUCACAAUUUACAACUCAACGUACAAUAACAAAAACUCAUAAAAAAUAUACAAAAACAAAUAAAUCAUCAAGUGUAACUGAUGGAUUGGAAACUGGUUCAGAUUCUGAUGUUAUUGAAGAACCAAUUAAAACAUAUUCUCCAUCUAAAUAUUUAUCUAACACAGGAAAAUUUCAAGAAUCUAAAAUCUAUGAGCAUAAUAUUUCUGAUCAAGAUCAAAUUCCAAAAUCAUAUGAUUCAAAACCAAAAUCUAUUCACGUAGUGAAAGAUAAUAAAUAUAGUGAAUCGCUUUUUGAUUCAAACAUUUCUCCAAUACAUUCAUUAAAUGAAGAUACAUGUAUAAAAGACAAUACAAAUCAAAGAGAUCUUCUAGCAAAUUAUGAAACACCAUUCUUAUCGGAAUUUACUAGGAGAUUAAGUUCACGAUCAUCCAUUAAUUUACCAUCUACAUCUUUGUCUACAUUAAAAAGUCCAUCACGAUUUACAUCAAAUGUACCAGAUUUAAAAGAAAAAGAUUCAAAUGGUCAUUUUUCUUCUUUAAGAUCAUUAUAUCCAUCAUCUAGUUCAAGUUCUAGACAUACAACAUCAUCUAUUGAUAGAUCUCGAGAAACAAUGAACAGAAUGUUUAAACAAUCACCUACAAAUAGGGAAGAUGUACGAAAUAAUCACAAUAUGAUAUCUGUAAUUCUCGUAGUGGUACUUGCCUUAUUUUUUGGGAUUCUUGCUGUUAUAUACAUGGGACUUGGUGGAAAAACAGAAACUUUUCCAUCACUUUCAACGGGUAGGUAUUCAGAAUCGUAUUGCAAUAUAUUCUUAGGCCUUCUAGCAGCUAUAGGAAUGCAGAAAUUGUUUGUUUGGUAUAUAAGAUACAAGAAAAGUACAGAAAGAGAAGUUUUUAAACUUGUUAGUGAUAUUAUUAAUAUGGUUGAAAUGCACCAUCAAAAUGCGGUAAUUAAUUCUCCGGGUAGUACACAAGAAAGCUUUCUUGCCAUAAAUCAUAUACGUGAUAAUCUUAUACCUCCAAAAGACCGAAAAAAAAUGGCUGGACUUUGGGAAAAAGCAGUGAAAUUUUUGGAUGAAAAUGAAUCUAGAAUUCGAAGAGAAGUACAACAAGUUUCCGGGGAAGAAUUUCAUGUAUGGCGCUGGUUGCCUAAUAAUAGUCUUAAUAAAUCUAACAGUCAAAAUUUUGUUUUAAAUAAAAAAUCUAAAGUGUGGCAAGGUCAAGCUUUUGAAACAAUGGAAGGUUCUGUUAAUAGUUUGACUUGUUCACCAACACCCUGUUUAAAAAUAAGGCAUAUGUUUGAUGCAGAUGUAGAAUUUGAAGAUGAUUGGGAAACGAAAGUUCAAGAUGCUAUUCUAGAGAAAUGUGGAGAAGGCGUUAAAAUUCUUCACAUUCGUGUAGAUCGCGGUAGUCGAGAAGGUUGUGUUUACAUGAAAUGUAUGUCACAAGAAGAUGCAGGAAAAGCUUAUAGGGCUUUACAUGGAUGUUGGUUUGAUGGUCAUUUAGUAACUGUAAAGUACCUGAGACUAGAAAGAUAUUACGAGAGAUUUCCAGAUGCGCGUCGUUGUACAACACCAUUAAAACCAAGUAACAAUCAACGAUUAUCUAUGCAAGCAGAUUAUUAGUAGAAAUAUGGAUAUAAAUUGACGAAAUACCUCUUCGCUUGUACAUAUACGAUUCUCAAGCAGAAUUUGAAUUUUUUCCGCUGAAAUGAUUGUUUGCGGACCAGAAUUCGCAAGAUUUCUAUUUUUUGCUCUAAAAAAGAAUAGAAUUUCGUACUAUCGCGCAGAAGUAUAGAAUUUAUGAGACUUGCGACUGUGUAAUAGAAUUCUAAGAAUCGAAUGAGCAGAGACUUUUUUAUAAGCA